GUUUCCGGAUCGCGCUGCACAUAUAAUUUCAAUCGGGUUUUAUAAGCUGGUUUGUCUACAUUUUAAUUAAAUGAAGUACGACAAACGCAGUUUUCGUCAUUGACAUAAAGAUGCUUUAAAAUCAGUUGCAUUCUGUCAGUUUGAUAUCAGACAUAAAUAUGAGUGGUGGUUUAGCCCCCAGCAAAAGCACAGUUUAUGUGUCUAAUAUCCCGUUUUCCUUGACAAACAAUGAUUUGCACAAGUUAUGCACUAAAUAUGGCAAGGUGGUUAAGGUGACUGUUGUCAAAGACAAGCAGACACGAAUGAGCAAGGGAGUGGCAUUUGUGCUGUUCCUAGACAGGGAGUCAGCUCAUAACUGUGCCCACUCAUUGAACAACAAACAGUUGUUUGGAAGAACGGUGAAAGCCAGCAUAGCUAUCGACAAUGGGAGAGCUUCAGAAUUCAUCAGGAAGAGAAACUAUACGGACAAGUCCAAGUGUUAUGAGUGCGGUGAAGAUGGACACUUAAGUUACUGCUGUCCAAAAAAUUUACUUGGGGAGCGAGAACCGCCACCUAAAAAAGAAAAGAAAAAGAAGAAAAAGGUCCAGCAGCCUGAAGAAGUAGAACCAGAGGAUAGUGAGGAUGAGGGAGAGGAUCCAGCACUGGACAGUUUAAGUCAGGCAAUUGCUUUCCAGCAAGAACGCAUUGAAGAGGAUGAAAGGAGACGAAAGCAGGCCACAGAGGAAGCGUUUCGAGCAUCUACAUCAGAGGACACCCACAAACCCAGGAUCAAAAAGAGCGCCUACUUCAGUGACGAGGAGGAGCUCAGUGACUGAUCCCUACAUUCAUGUGCUCAAAACGCAUUUCCUCUGCUCAACCAUUCUUACCCAUUAAGGAGGCCACACAUUGAUCUAAAUGUCCAAUUUCAUCAAAGUGUGUUUGUAUCAAAAUAAGUGUUUGCAAUCAGGGCAGGAGUAUGCUGUAGUUCUCUUGAUCUGAGAUAUGAGUUAUGAAGGCUCCUCAUUCAGAUAAAUACUCUUCCAAUUAUUGGGUAUGUAGUGCUGUGAUUUAUAGAUCAUGCAGAGCACCCAUGUAAAAUUUUACUUUUUGUUGUAAAUAUAGUUUAGUUUUGUGUAUUUCACAGUUAGAUUCUUCUGAUUGUUUCAGGCAGAAUAGAAAAUAAAAACGUUGAAAUAAAAAGUUUUU